UUUUUGGAUAAACAAUACAAACAAGACAGCCAAGAAGAAGAGGAGAAAAACCGACAAAGUCGUAGUGGAGGAAGAACAAGAAAAGUUGGUGGAGCAAGUCGUUACGCAGUGGAGUGAAGCAGCAGUUGAGGAAGUGAUGGAUGGUGAGGCAACGCUUAACAUAGCAACGAUUGGUCAUGCAGCCACGAUGGAUUUUGCUGCAGCUGUUCGUGUCAAUGGUGGGGAACAGACAAGGAUUCAUCCUAUUCGCCAGGGUGAGCCGAGGCUGCGUCGUCCAAAUACGGUUGUAUUGCAUACAAACCAUUUGGAGGGUUUGUCCGUAAAGAAUGUUAUUCCAGCAAUUGUUAAUGUUGUUGGUGUGAAUGUUGUUAAAGCUGUGCAGUCAAUGCCCUAUGGUCGAUAUAGGGUCACAGUUCGUUCUAAUGAUGCUAAACUGGCUUUCUUAUCUCAGCCUUUUAACAUUAAGGGUGUGGAAAUUGAAGUACAGCCGAUUGAGAAUCCAAUUGUGGAGGUGAAAGUGUUGUAUGUUCCUAGUGAAGUGCCCAAUAAAGUCGUUGUGGAGUUUCUUGGUAAUCAUGGGAAAGUGGAGACGAUAACACGCGAAAUGAUGACGGAGCAUGGCUUCCCCACGAUUGAAACGGAACAAGAGUCGCCAAGAUGA